GUCUUCAGCCAGCCUCGGGAAAGGUGGCGCUAUGGCCGCUGGAAGUGCAGCUGCCGGCGUAUGCCUGCGGGAAGCCACCCAGCGAAAGUUGCAGAGGUUUUCAAAGCUAAGAGGCAAACCUGUGGUAGCUGGAGAAUUCUGGGACAUUGUUGCAAUAACAGCAGCUGAUGAAAAACAGGAACUUGCUUAUAAGCAACAACUGUCAAAAAAGCUGAAAAAAAAGGAGUUACCCCUUGGAGUUCAAUAUCAUGUUUUUGUUGAUCCUGCUGGAGCAAAAAUUGGAAAUGGAGGAUCAACACUUUGUGCCCUUCAAAGUUUGGAAAAGCUAUAUGGAGAUAAAUGGAAUUCUUUUACCAUCUUGUUAAUUCACUCUGGUGGCUACAGUCAACGCCUUCCAAAUGCAAGUGCUCUGGGGAAAAUUUUCACUGCCUUACCUUUUGGUAACCCCAUCUAUCAGAUGUUAGAAUUAAAACUCGCCAUGUACAUUGAUUUCCCCUCACAUAUGAAUCCUGGGAUUCUGGUUACCUGUGCAGAUGAUAUUGAACUUUAUAGUAUUGGAGAAUCUGAGUUUAUUAGGUUUGACAAACCUGGCUUUACUGCUUUAGCUCAUCCUUCUAGUUUAACUGUAGGUACUACACAUGGAGUUUUUGUUUUAGAGCCUUGUAAUGGUGUAGAAUAUAGAGACCUUGAAUACAGACGUUGUCAUCGUUUCCUUCAUAAGCCCAGUAUAGAAAAGAUGCAUCAAUUUGAUGCUGUGUGUAGACUUGGAAAUUUUUCUCAACAGGACUUUGUGAGGGGUGAUACUCCCUCUCUUAAAUUAGACCUUGAGUAUGUCUACACAGACAGCCUAUUUUACAUGGAUCAUAUUUCAGCGAAAAAGUUACUGGGUUUUUAUGAAAGAAUAGGCACGCUGAACUGUGAAAUAGAUGCCUAUGGAGACUUUCUGCAGGCUUUGGGACCUGGAGCAACUGUGGAGUACACCAGAAACACAUCAAAUGUCACUAAAGAAGAGUCAGAGCUGGUAGAUAUGAGGCAGAGAAUAUUUCAUCUUCUUAAAGGAACAUCACUAAAUGUUGUUGUUCUUAAUAACUCCAAAUUUUAUCACAUUGGAACAACUGAAGAAUAUUUGUUUCAUUUUGCUUCAGAUAGCAGUUUGAAGUCAGAGCUUGGCUUACAGUCCAUAGCCUUUAGCAUCUUUCUAGCAGUACCAGAAUGCUCUGGUAACACAUCCUGUUUCAUUCAAAGUAUCCUGGAUUCAAGAUGUUCUGUGGCGCCUGGCUCAGUUGUGGAGUAUUCCAGAUUGGGGCCUGAUGUUUCAGUCGGGGAAAACUGCAUUGUUAGUGGUUCUUAUAUCAUAGCAACAGCUGUCCUGCCUGCAUUUUCUUUUGUGUGUUCCUUAAGCUUGAAGAUGAAUGGACACUUAGAGUAUUCAACUAUGGCAUUUGGAGUACAGGACAACUUGAAAAAGAAUGUUAAAACAUUGUCAGAUAUAAAAUUACUUCAAUUCUUUGGGGUCUGUUUCCUGUCAUGCUUAGAUAUUUGGAAUCUGAAAGUUACAGAGGAACUGUUCUCAGGAAACAAAACAUGUUUGAGUUUGUGGAAUGCUCGUAUUUUCCCAAUUUGUUCUUCUUUGAGUGAUUCGGUUACAACAUCCCUAAAGAUGUUAAAUGCUGUGCAGAACAAGUCAACAUUCAGCCUGAAUAACUAUAAGCUAUUGUCCAUUGAAGAAAUGCUUGUCUACAAAGAUGUAGAAGACAUGAUAACUUACAGGGAGCAAAUUUUUCUAGAAAUUACUGCAAAUAGAAAACAGUCUGGUUUAGAGACAUCUUAAAUGUUGUAUACUUUGCCUUUCUGUUUUUUUUGUGUGUGUGUGAGUAAGACUAGCCCUGAGCUAACAUCCGAUGCCAAUCCUCCUCUUUUUUUUUGCUGAGGAAGACUUGCCCUGGGCUAACACCCAUGCCCAUCUUCCUCCACUUUACAUGGGACGCCGCCACAGCAUGGCUUAGCAAGCCGUGCAUCGGUGCGCGCCCGGGAUCUGAACCGGCGAACCCCGGGCUGCCGCAGUGGAGCGUGCACACUUAACCACUUGCGCCACUGGGCCGGCCCCGCUACUUUGCCUUUCUUGAUUGAGCAAGAUUGCAGAUAUAGAAGUUUUCUAUAGACAUUUGUUUGUUUCAUUGAAAUGAAUUAAGGAAAAUAUAUUAACAUAAUUGCUGUCGCACUACAUAAAUAACACAAAUACACAUAAGAUAUUUUUUGAUGAAAAUUAAUAUUUCAAGUCUAAGUUCAGAAAAAGAAAUGGAUGUUUAUCACUAUUUUUAAUUUUUCUUUUAAUAAAGGUGGAUUUAUGGAGCAUUGUUUUCUUCACAUAAUACUAUAGUAGUUUUAAAGGUAAUCUUUUAAACAUACCUUUAGAGUUUUUCCAUCUUCUUUUGGGCUUUGGUUCCAAUAAAGCUCUAAAUUAUUGGCAGGUCUCUCCUCAAACGUCAUAGUCCUAGUCUGAUGAAUUAAUAAAAAUGGCAUACUAUAGGGUCUUCAGAGCACUGUACGAAUACUGUAGAAAUACUUUUUUGGAGACACAUCCAUAGCUGACAAAUUCAGAUUAAAUCAAUGCUGAAAAUACUGUGAUUAUCUUAAUUGAUAAAUAACUAGAUAACAAAUGGCUCUGAAAUUGAUGAUAAAAAUUUAUCUUAUUUAUUGAUCUCAUCAAAAUGAAACAAAAAGGGUGUAUAUGUUAUUUUGUCCUUAUAAACUUAAACAUGUGUUUGUAUAUUUUAAAUCUUUUCCCUAAAGUUCCAUCCACAGGAAAACACACACACACACAAAACUCAAGUAUCUGUGUGAGGAAGAUGUUAGGAAUAAUUGGGAUUCACUAUAAUCAUAUAAGUUCACUUUGCACAUUACUCUCAUCCUCUCUUAUUAAUCCCAUUAAUAGAACUGUUAAAUUACCAGAUGGACUGAUUUUACUUUCCAUUUCCUAUCUUCUGUCCAUGCACUGGUGAUGAUGCUGAGAAGCAAUAAAUGGCCAAAAGGUACACAGCAGGAAGGAGCCAGAAGAAUAGAAGGACUGAGAAAAUACACAGAUGAUAAACAGCUUCAAGAAAAUAAAAAUUGGCUGGAAUCCCAAGUUAUGUGUUCCUAUUUUGGUAAAAGCAUGUGAAAUGUCUUCAUAUCGAAGUCUAAUAACAGAAAAGGUAUAUCCGUUUUGUGGUUUAACGUGAAUAAAUAGAAAUAAGAACUGGUCUUUGCCACUUUUAUUUAUGUAUUAACAUAUCAAUAUGAAAGUAAUUGGAAAACCAGAAGUAACUUGUCUGCAACCCUCAAUUAUAAUAUUUGUGUGUGUGUGUUCUUUUUUUCAAGGUUCUUCCCAAGGAGAAAACAGAGAUAUAUGGUAGCUAUUGUUUAGCAUUUACUGAUUUACUUGCAGACCUUUCAGAGGAUAUGUGUUUGUUGUUCAUUAAAUGUUCAAUACUGUAUUUCAUAUGAUCUAAAGUGCCAUCAAUUAUUAAGAAUCACCAUUAUUUUAUGUUCCACUGAAAAAGAGAAAACACUACCAAUAAAAAAUGCUGCAAUGC